GGGCCCACACCCCGCUCCCAGAAGCGCCCCGCGCCCGAAAUGUCGCCGCCGCGGCGCCUCGCCGUGCUCUGCUCCCACCUCCGGCCCGACGGCCCGGCGCCGUCCGCCGGGGAACAGUCGGAGGCGGCGGUGGCGUCGGCCGUCUCGACGUCCACGUGCGCCAGCGGGGGAGGCGCGGCGACCGGGGGCGAUGGCGGUGGGGACGGGGACUCGGCGGGCUGCGUGUUCUGCCGCAUCAUAAGCGGCGAGGCGCCGGCGUAUAAGGUCUACGAAGAUGAUGUAUGCCUCUGCAUAUUGGAUUCUCAUCCAUUGGCUCCUGGGCAUUCCUUAAUCAUUCCAAAACACCAUUUUCCAUCCCUUGAAGCAACUCCACCGCCCGUGGUUGCAGCCAUGUGUUCCAAAGUGCCAUUUCUUAGCAAUGCAAUUAUGAAGGCUACUGAAUGUGAUUCAUUCAACUUGGUAGUCAAUAAUGGAGCAGCUGCGGGACAAGUAAUUUUUCAUACGCAUUUCCACAUCAUUCCACGUAGAUCUGGUGAUAAGUUAUGGCCUACUGAGGUAACGAGCUUUAGAAGGCGCUCCAUCGAGCCAAACGAGACCUCAGGUCUUGUGAGCUGCAUCAAGGAACAGCUAUGUUCUACGCUUGAAGGCUGCAAGACUGAAGCAUCUUCAUUGCUCAAGAAACCAUGACACAAAGCCGUGGCAGUCCAGUACAUAUAUAAUGCAAUCCAGACAGCUGCUCCAGCCAUAUAAUGGGAUUCACUGCGUGCCCAAUGCAAUCUGUCUCUAAUACUGAUUGCAUGGUCAUUCUGGGAUUUGGGGUUGCUCGAAAGUUUGUUGUCUGAUUUGUUGUUGGUCUAGUUACAAUGGUGUUAUUAUGCCUGUAAAAAGCCUGAGAAAAUAGCGAAGAGUUGUGUCCCAGAGACACGAUUGGUAGAUGUACAAUCAUUCUUGCCCUCCUUCCCAGUUCAGCGUUUUACCUUACCGUGAAUUGUUGCCUUGCACUGCACCCGUGCGCCUAUUUGACCUGUGAAAGAACUGUAUGGAAGAAGUUGAAGUCAUAAAACAGUUGAGAUCAGAACUGCAAUGCGAGACGAUGAAUUCUAAUUCAGCAAGUCCAGAAUGGGUAAUUAUGCGGAA